GAGUACCUUUUUUUUUGUUAUUGUUGUUUGUUUAUUGGUCAGCUUUGUAUUGUCAAUUGACAAUUUUUGAGCCAUGAAAAAUAUAAAACUAGUUUUGGGAGAGACAUGGUUUCAUGUGAAGUCAGUUUCUUGCUGCUAUGUAUUGGGAGGUUUGUGAAAUUUGGGUUUGGGACUAAUUUGCUCUUGCUACUCUGCAUUCUUAAUGUCAAUCAUGAGGGAACUUUUGUGCAACUGUAACGUGCCUGUUAGGUCACAGGUUUGAAUCCUAGAAAUAACCUUUUUGCUUGUGGAGGUAUGUCUUCAUAUAUCUACUAGCUGCAAACCCCAGCAGUUGGGAGCCUUAUGCAUUGGAUCCAACCUUUUUUCUUGAAGUCAUCAUCUGUGACUGCAUCUAUGCUGAGAUUUUUGGGAAGGAAAAUGUCAACACAAGACAUCCUCAGUUGCUGUAUGAGUCCAAGUUGUACAGGAUUCUCCAGGGAGGAACUGGUAUUCCUAAUAUCAAAUGGUUUGGAGUAGAGGGAGAAUACAAUGUUCUAGUGAUGGAUCUCCUUGGACCUAGUCUAGAAGAUCUAUUCAACUUCUGUAGUAGAAAGCUCUCGCUAAAGACAGUUCUCAUGCUUGCUGAUCAAAUGAUCAACCGUGUUGAGUUUAUUCAUUCUAAAUCAUUUCUACAUCGGGAUCUCAAACCAGAUAAUUUCCUCAUGGGAUUGGGAAGGCGGGCUAACCAGGUUUACUGUAUUGAUUUUGGAUUGGCAAAGAAAUAUAGAGAUAGUACAACUCACCAACACAUUCCUUACAGGGAAAACAAGAAUUUGACCGGAACGGCAAGAUAUGCGAGCAUGAAUACUCACCUUGGCAUUGAGCAAAGUCGAAGAGAUGAUUUAGAAUCACUUGGUUUUGUCUUGAUGUACUUCCUGAGAGGAAGUCUCCCUUGGCAAGGACUUAGAGCGGGAACCAAGAAACAGAAGUAUGAGAAAAUCAGUGAAAAAAAAGUCACUACCUCAAUAGAGGCCUUGUGUCGAGGUUAUCCAACAGAAUUUGCAUCAUACUUCCAUUACUGCCGCUCUUUAAGGUUUGAUGAUAGGCCAGAUUAUGCUUACCUGAAGAGAAUAUUCCGUGACCUGUUUAUUCGUGAAGGAUUUCAGUUUGAUUAUGUGUUUGACUGGACCAUCUUGAAGUAUCAGCAAUCACAACUAGCCACUCCACCAGCGCGUGCUUCUGCUCCUAAUGCUGGAACUAGUUCUGGGAUGCCUCCGCCUAUGACCAGCGCUGCUGAUAGGCAGACAGGAGGGGAAGAAGGAAGACCACCUGGCCUGGUUUCUGUGGAUUCAAGGCGAAUAAUAUCAGGGCCCAUUUUAAAUUCAGUAACUUCUUUAAAGCAGAAAAAUGCGGUCAUCCCUGAUUCUGCUGUUAGUAAGGAUGCUAUGUUAUCUAGCACCAAUAUCUUGGGCCAGUCAAGUGGAUCAAGGCGAGUUGCUGCUGGCAGCCGUGAGACUUUUGCUGGUGUCGAAUUGGAUCCUCGUACGCGUAUGGCAGAGGCUAGCCCUGGAGCAGCAAACAGAGUUUCAAGUGUGCGAAAAAGUUCACCUAUUAGGUCUUUAGACCCCAAGAAAGUAGUAUCAUCAGCUAAAGGUGCUUCCCAUGUCAAGAAUUAUGAAAGUACAGUUAAGGGUAUGGAGCGUUUGCAGUUAGAAGAUGAUGAGAGGGCCCCUUAAUUUCUCACAUUUUUCACAAUUGUGUAAAUGUAAAAUUGAGUUUAACAGGUAUAAAGCAACAGUCACUUAUGUCGCCAAGGUGAGCUGUGAAGAGGUUGUAGGUCUGAACUCAGAAAUAUGGCUUUUUCACUGUUAUUUCAUCUUAUAACGAUAAAGCUGAGAUGAAAGAAUUUCAGCUAAAGCAGGGAUCGUUCUUGCUAUAAAGCUUAGGACCUGGCACUUAUGUUCUAGUGGGAAACCCAUAAAUUUUGUAACCUUUUCCUGUGAUAUUUUUUGAUUUACCAUAUAUGCUUACAGCUUACUGUCGUGGGUCACAUGGUUCAAACUAUUAAUUACCAACCAAAACUAGUGUAAUUAGCCAUUGUACUUAAGUUUUGGAUGAGUUGAUGUUUCUAAAUUUUAAGGGUCCAUGGAGAUUA